GCCGGUGUUAACGGCCGGGGUGGGCGGGCGGACCCGCGGCGGGGGCGCCCGGUGAACGAGGGCGGCGGGGGGGAGGCGAGCAGAGGGGGCCGGAGCGGGCGGCGGUGGCCGCCGCGCCUCCCCAUGGCGAAGAAAACCUACGAUCUGCUCUUCAAGCUGCUCCUCAUCGGGGACUCGGGGGUCGGCAAGACCUGCGUGCUCUUCCGCUUCUCCGACGAUGCCUUCAACACCACCUUCAUCUCCACCAUCGGGAUAGAUUUCAAGAUUAAAACUGUUGAACUACAAGGAAAGAAGAUCAAGCUGCAGAUAUGGGACACAGCUGGGCAGGAACGAUUUCACACCAUCACCACCUCCUAUUACAGAGGUGCCAUGGGGAUCAUGCUAGUAUAUGACAUCACCAAUGCCAAGAGCUUUGAAAACAUCAGCAAGUGGCUCAGAAACAUAGAUGAGCAUGCCAACGAGGACGUGGAGAGGAUGCUGUUAGGAAACAAGUGCGACAUGGAAGAUAAGAGAGUUGUCCCUAAAGCAAGAGGUGAACAGAUUGCUAGGGAGCACGGAAUUAGGUUUUUCGAAACUAGCGCAAAAGCCAAUAUAAACAUCGAGAAGGCAUUCCUCACGUUAGCAGAAGACAUUCUUCGAAAGACCCCUGUAAAAGAGCCCAACAGUGAAAAUGUAGAUAUCAGCAGCGGAGGCGGGGUGACGGGCUGGAAGAGCAAGUGUUGCUGAACCUUCUCCUCUCUCACCAAUCGCCAUCCACCGCCCCCUUUUCUCUCGCUGCAAAAGAAACCACUCUGCCUGUUUUUAACCUGAAAACCAAUGUUUUGUUCCUCAUCUUAACAAGCUCCUGCCUCCCUCUUGGGUUUCUGUUUAGGACAGCUUGCAUACUCUUCUUAAUUUUUCUCGACAACAUGUAUAGGAAAAAAAAAAACAUCAUCUCCAUGACUUCAUUUUGGUUUGGUUUUGGUUGGUUUUGGGUUGGGU